AUGGAUGUGGAAGAAUACAGGAAAAGAGCAAAAGAAUUGGUUGAUUACAUGGUUGAUUAUUAUAUCAAUAUUGGUAAACGGCGUGUUACAUCAACAGUGGAACCAGGAUAUUUAAGAAAAUUGAUUCCAAGCUCUGCACCAGAAGAAGGUGAACCAUGGGAGAAAAUUAUGGAAGAUGUUGAAAAAAUCAUCAUGCCAGGAGUCACUCAUUGGCUACAUCCAAAUUUUAAUGCUUUUUUCCCAAUUGGUUGCUCUUUCCCGUCUCUUCUUGGAGAAUUUAUAUCUGAUGGCCUAGCCAUCAAUGGAUUUUCAUGGGCCUCAAGUCCAUGUUGCACGGAAUUAGAAACUAUUGUUUUGGAUUGGCUAGGAGAAAUGAUUGGCCUGCCAGAUCAGUUUUUAUUAUGCAGACCAGGCAGUAAAGGAGGUGGUGUCCUGCAAGCUUCUGCUAGCGACUGCAAUUUUGUUGUCCUUCUAGCGGCGCGACAUCAAGCUAUAAAAGCUAUGAAGAAAAACGAUCCGACAGCAGAAGAAGGAACGCUGAUGUCUUCUCUUGUUGCCUAUUGUUCAUCAGAAGCACAUUCGUGCGUAGAAAAAGCCGCCAUGAUUUGUCAAGUGAAAUUAAGUAUCCUCAAAACAGAUGAAAAAUUCAGACUUCGAGGCAGUACACUGGAAGAAGCUGUCAAAAGGGAUAUCAAGAAAGGAUAUCGUCCAUUUUUUGUGGUUUCAACCAUUGGGACAACAUCUUGCGCAUCAUCCGAUAAAAUGAACGAAAUAGGUCCGAUUUGUGAAAAAUACGGUAUGUGGUUGCAUGUUGAUGCGGCCUAUGGUGGAAAUGCAAUGAUCUGUCCCGAAAUGAGAUAUAUUUUGAAUGGCAUUGAAUAUGCAACAUCUUUCAAUACGAAUCCAACUAAGUGGAUGCUCGUCUGCUACGACUGCUCUGCAAUGUGGGUAACAGAUCGUUAUAGAUUCAUGGAAUGCCUAGUAGUUAAUCCUUUAUAUUUGGCUCAUGAUCAACAGAAAUUUGCAUUGGAUUAUCGUCACUGGGGAAUACCUCUUAGUCGCCGUUUCAGAUCUUUGAAGUUAUGGUUUACUAUCAGAUCUUAUGGAAUUCGAGGUCUUCAGCAUUAUAUUAGAAACCACAUAUAUUUGGCCAAGCUUUUCGAGAAAAAAGUUAGGGAAGAUGAAAGAUUUGAAAUCAAAAAUGAAGUCAAUUUUGGUCUCGUUUGUUUUAGACUGAAAGGGUCAAAUAAGAUGAAUGAGAAAUUGCUUGAUAUGAUAAACAAAGCUGGAGAAAUGUACAUGGUGGCUACGUCUCUCGGCAGAGAAUAUGUCAUCCGUUAUUGUGUAUGCUACGCUGAAGCCACAGAUCAACAAGUGAAUUAUUCUUGGGAUGUCAUCUUACGAGCAACCAAUAAAUUAUUAGGAAAGAAGUAA